AGGAGCUGCGGCCGAGGGGCGCGGGGGCGCCCCGGGGCAGGCCGGGAAGGGGGGGCGGGCCUCCCCCUGGGCCGGGCCGGGGCGGCGCUAGGACCGGGCGCGCGGAGGGAGCGAGCCGGGCGGAGCCAGCGCCCCCCGCCCCCCGCCGGCCGGCUCCCCUCCCCCGGCCGCUGGCUCACUCGGCUCGCGGCGCUGCAGAGGCUCCGAGGCGGCGGCGGCGGCGGCGACUCCCUCUUUCCCUCCCUCCUCCUCCUCCUCCUCCUCCUCCUCCUCCUCCUCCUCAGUCCGUCCGUCUGUCCGUGCGUCUCCGUGCGGCCUCGGCCCGGCCCGAGCAUGGCCGGCGUCAGCUUCAGCGGCCACCGCCUGGAGCUGCUGGCGGCGUACGAGGAGGUGAUUCGGGAGGAGAGCGCGGCCGACUGGGCUCUGUACACAUACGAGGAUGGCUCAGAUGACCUCAAGCUUGCAGCGUCAGGAGAGGGGGGCUUGCAGGAGCUCUCGGGCCACUUCGAGAACCAGAAGGUGAUGUACGGCUUCUGCAGCGUCAAGGACUCCCAGGCUGCUCUGCCAAAAUACGUGCUCAUCAACUGGGUUGGUGAAGACGUGCCUGAUGCCCGAAAAUGUGCUUGUGCCAGCCACGUGGCUAAGGUGGCUGAGUUCUUCCAGGGUGUGGACGUGAUCGUGAAUGCCAGCAGCGUGGAAGACAUAGACGCGGGCGCCAUCGGGCAGCGGCUCUCCAAUGGGCUGGCACGGCUCUCUAGCCCAGUGCUGCACCGGCUGCGGCUGCGCGAGGAUGAGAACGCUGAGCCGGUGGGCACCACCUAUCAGAAGACUGAUGCAGCUGUAGAAAUGAAGCGGAUUAACCGUGAGCAAUUCUGGGAGCAGGCCAAGAAGGAGGAGGAGCUGCGGAAGGAGGAGGAGCGGAAGAAGGCCCUGGAUGAGAGGCUCAGGUUUGAGCAGGAGCGGAUGGAGCAGGAGCGCAUGGAGCAGGAGGAGCGGGAGCGGCGCUACCGAGAGCGGGAACAGCAGAUUGAGGAGCACAGGAGGAAACAGCAGACUUUAGAAGCUGAGGAGGCCAAGAGGCGAUUGAAGGAGCAGUCUAUCUUUGGUGACCAGCAGGAUGAGGAGGAAGAGACCCAGAUGAAGAAGUCAGAAUCAGAGGUAGAGGAGGCAGCGGCCAUUAUUGCCCAACGGCCUGACAACCCACGGGAAUUCUUCAAGCAGCAGGAACGAGUCGCAUCGGCCUCUGCGGGCAGUUGCGAUGUGCCCUCACCCUUCAACCACCGGCCAGGUCGUCCGUACUGCCCUUUCAUAAAGGCAUCGGACAGUGGGCCUUCCUCCUCCUCCUCCUCCUCCUCCUCCCCUCCACGGACUCCCUUUCCCUAUAUCACCUGUCACCGCACCCCAAACCUCUCUUCCUCCCUCCCAUGCAGUCACCUGGACAGCCACCGGAGGAUGGCACCCACCCCCAUCCCCACCCGGAGCCCAUCUGACUCCAGCACGGCCUCUACCCCUGUCACUGAGCAGAUCGAGCGGGCCCUGGAUGAAGUCACGUCCUCACAGCCUCCACCGCUGCCACCACCACCACCACCAGCCCAAGAGACCCAGGUGAGCAGCCCUGGGCUGGAUGGUGAAGAAAGCAGCAAGGAGGCCAGAGCAGCUGGCCCCACGGAGGAGCCUCCUCAGGCACCACAGCCUUCCCAGGGGCAAGGCAGCCCCACGGAGGACUUGAUGUUCAUGGUGCCUCCAGAGCAGGCUGUCCUGGCUGCCGCUCUGGAGCCUACCAUGGCUGAUACUGCCGCAGCUGACACCUCGGCAGCUGACGCCAUUGACACCAACACUGCCGCCGCUGACACCGCUGUUGCCAACACCAUCACCCCUGCCGCUGCCAGCCUCAUUGACCUAUGGCCUGGCAACGGUGAAGGGGGCUCUGUACCCCAGGCUGAGCCUAUGGCCCCCACACCACCCUUGGGUGCCGAGGUCACUCUGGCAGAGGUGCCCCUGCUGGACAAGGUGGCUCAGGAGCCACUGCCGCCAGCAAGUGAAGGCUGUGCCAACCUUCUCAACUUUGACGAGCUGCCUGAGCCACCUGCCACCUUCUGUGACCCAGAGGAGGAAGUAGAAAGGGAGCCCCUGGCUGCCCCCCAGGCCCUAGCUCUGCCCUCUGCUCUAGAGGAGCUGGAUCAGGAGCCGGAGCCGGAGCUGGAGCCUGAGCCAGAGCCGGAGGCGGAGCCCGAGUCCCACCUGCUGACCAAUGGCGAGACCACCCAGAAGGAGGGGACCCAGGCCAGUGAGGGGUACUUCAGCCAAUCACAGGAGGAGGAGUUUACCCAAUCGGAAGAGCUGUGUGCAAAGGCUCCGCCUCCUGUGUUCUACAACAAACCUCCAGAAAUCGACAUCACCUGCUGGGAUGCGGACCCAGUACCGGAAGAGGAGGAGGGCUUCGAGGGUGGCGAUUAGCGAUAGCAACCGCCCUCAGGCUGCCCUCGCCAAGGCCGCCCACCUGAGCCGGCCUCUGGCCAGACGGCCCGCCGCGCCUGUACACGCAGCAGCUCCGCCUGGCACCCACUCUGGAUUCCGGCCCUGGCCGGGGACUUGGCCGCUUCCCUACCCACAGGGCCCGACUUUUACAGCUUUUCUCUCUCUUUUUUUUAAAGUUGAUAGGAAACUUGUACAGUUGACUGGUUUUCCUCCCGUUGGUAGUUGAGACGCUGUUGCAAAUUCCACCCCCUCCCUGCCCGGUCCAGAUUGUAGCUCUUAGUCCUCCCUGCUCACUCAGCUGGCCGGGUUGGAGGCCUCACCCUGCUUGGGGCCUGGCGUGGGGGUAGCUCUGGAAGGAAAAUGCCCCCCCACCUCUUUUCCUAGUUUUAUGUUUCUUGGAAAAAUAUCACUUUGUAUUCUCUGUCCAGGGCUUCAGAUAUUUUGCACGAAUUUUAAAACAUGGCAAUAAAUGGCUCGUGGGCUCUGGCUCCCUGGGACCCCCGCCCUGCCCUUCUCUUGAUCCCUCCCCGCCUGGCCCAAAGGAAGUAGCCUCAGGGGCCCCUCAGCUUCCCUGCCCUUUCCUGCCCCCUCCUGCUGGGCAGGUCCCAGGCUGGAGGCCCUAGGCGGCGAUUCAGGUCAGGGUGGGGCCCAGGGCUUCAGUGGCCCUCCCAACUCCUCCCUCUUUGCUUGGGUUCCUUUUUCACGUUCAGUAACUGUUUUUUGGAAAGCACAAACUUCUGUAACGGGUCGUGCUCAUGUCUAUUAAUAAAGAAAUCCAGAUCCCUUCGG